GUCAAACCAAAAUCCAAGUCAUCCUCAAUAAAUUUUCGUUCACCCAUUUCCGCACCUCAUCUUAAUUAGAUCUAGUUCUAGUACUUGGAUUUUGCGGUGCGAGAAGUGCAUGGCUCCCUUUUUAUUUUUUAUUUUUUUUCGCUCUUGACCCCACAUAUUCAAUCUCGUUGGAUUUAGCCUCUUUCUCUUCUCAUGAUUCACCAUACAACUUCGAGCCCCGGAAUACUUAUCCAUCUUUCCCCAUGGUCACUGAUGGCAAUUUGGGCACCCUAAACCCUCAUCCGCCAGCAAACUUCCAUUGUUCAGUCGAUCCCAAAUACUAAAUUUCCUCCCAUCCCACUUUGUUUUGCGCAUAUCCAUAUAGAACCCUCACUACCCUGGCUUCUUUUCUUUUCUUUUUUUUUUUUUUUUCGGGGGGUUACUCAAAAGUUAAGGGACCUUGGUUGUGUUUUUUCCAGACUUUAUUUCUUUUAGGCAUGGCGACACCCGAGACCAACAUGGGGCUUAGCUCCUCCCACCUGAGCCAGACCACCGCUGAUAACGCCAUCGCCGCCGCCACUGAGACGCCCCCGCCGUUGCUGCUGCCCCGGAUUACAAUUAAGUUUUGUACACAGUGCAAGUGGAUGCUCCGAGCCGCAUACUACGCACAGGAGCUCCUAUCCACGUUCUCUACGGCGUUGGGAGAGGUAGCCCUGCAGCCCUCGACUGGAGGGACCUUCGUCGUCCAGAUCCAGACGACGGCGGCGCAGAGUGGCGGCGGUAUAUCCCACAGACUCUGGGACCGCAAGGUCGACGGCGGCUUUCCCGAGACCAAGGAGCUGAAGCGGAGGGUGCGCGACGUGAUUGAGCCUGGUCGGAACCUGGGCCACGUCGACCGGGAGUACCCAAGGCCCGACGGGGCUGCAGCGAUCCCCAACACCACCGCCGCCGCAACUACCACAACCGCCCACCACGCUGCUGAGCAUGUCUCGGCGCGAGCCUCGGGCGGGUCGACCCAGGAUCCUCUAGGGAAGGAGGACCAUGGUAAUGGUGCUGCUGGCAGCGGGGAUGCUGAAGAAGACGCGGUGGGACAACAAAAGCAAACCUGCGAGGACUGCAACUGAAAGCAUCAAGGUAUAGUCUCUGCGACAGCUUCACUUUUGGCAACAAGCAUGUCAAACAAGCUUUGCUCUCCACGGUUAUUACUUCCACUAGAAUGGUUAGGUACAAAUGUUUAGGGCCGUUGCAAUGACGCAAGAUGGAUACGAGGCAAUUAGAAUGAAAGCCAGAAUUUUUGCGAGGUCGCGCUACUCCAAUAUAAGCCAUCACCAGAGAAAUUCGAGACUAGCCAAGGACCUUUUAAAAGGAACAACUAAAUAGAUCCAUUAAUCUUGGCAUAUUCAUCGGUUAUGAUGGUGAUCGAGGGUUGCAGCGGAA